UAAACUGGUCUUUGCAAAGCAUGAAUAUAGAAGACGAAAGAGAAGAAAAGUAAUUUGAUACUAACCUAAGCCGUUGAGAGAUAUUGACAGCAACAAUGAUUGGAAGAUGGCCAGAGCAAGCAAGAUGGAGAUGGCAGAAUGAUGAAACAUCUGGAAGAAAACCCUAGGGACAUACUUUUCUAGCGCACGACUUCUCAGGGGUAUUAGUGUCUUUUCACUGGUGCACCGACCUUUAUCUUUAAGAAUAAAGGUAAUAUAUAUAGAUAGAUAUAUAUAGAUAAAAUGGCACCUACAUCCCAAUCGACAUAUACAUAUCCCCAAACAAAAGCAGACACAUCUACAAACCUCCAACACUCAUACUCUCAUAGUUACACCGACAAUGGGCACUAACAAAAACAAGGUGGUGGUAGUGAUGGUUCCUCUUCCAUUACAAGGCCACAUAAACCAACUCCUCCACCUCUCCCGCCAUAUCUCCGCUCACAACCUCCCGGUUCACUUCGUAGGCACCGCCAUUCAUGUCGGUCGAGCCAAACUCCGGCUACAAGGGUGGAACCCUAACACCAUCUCCAACAUCGUUUUCCAUGAAUUCCCUAUCCCACCCUUCCCAUCCCCUCCUCCGAACCCCAACUCCACCCACAAGUUUCCUUCUCAUCUUCAACCGCUAUGCGAAGCCGCCGCCACCCAUCUCCGCCCUUCGGUCACCUCCCUCAUCCACAAACUCUCCCCCACCACCCACCGUCUUGUUAUUAUCCAUGAUUCCCUCAUGGGCUCCGUUGUUCAAGACUUUGUUUCUCUCCCGAACGCGGAAUCCUACACUUUUCAUAGUGUUUCGGCUUUCUCUAUCGCGUUAUACACUUCCAAAGAGGUCGGAGAACGAGUUCGAAACCUUGUUGAAACAAAUGAGCUUCGGGAAGAUGAGCUUGCCUUUGAGGGCUGCUUUACACCCGAGUUUAAGAAGUUCAUCGUGGCUCAACACGAGUACACGAAACUUAGUUCGGGUCGAAUCUACAAUACGUGUAGAGCCAUUGAACAACCGAUCUUGGAGCUGCUUGAAGUAAAAGCAAGAAAGAGAAAUGAGUUACUUUGGGCUCUUGGACCUUUUAAUCCUGUGAACAUACAAAGAGGAUCAAAAUUCUCGGGAACAGAUGGUGGUCAAGUCCAACAAUGCCUUAACUGGCUUGACAAACAAGCAUCCAACAGUGUAAUCUUUGUAUCUUUCGGGACUACAACCUCAUUCUCCGAACAGCAAAUCAUGGAGAUCGCGAUCGGGUUGGAGAAGAGCAAACAAAAAUUCGUAUGGGUGGUGAGAGACGCAGAUAGAGGAGAUAAUUUAAACGAUAAUACUACUCAUGUUGAGCUCCCAGAAGGGUUUGAAGACCGUGUUAUAGACCAAGGGCUGGUGGUUCGUGGGUGGGCCCCGCAGUUAGACAUACUGGCCCACCCAUCGAUCGGAGGGUUUAUAAGUCACUGUGGAUGGAACUCGUGCAUUGAAAGCAUUUCAAUGGGUGUUCCAAUAGCUGCAUGGCCCAUGCACUCAGACCAACCAACCAAUGCGGUGUUGGUGACCAAGAUUCUUAAAGUAGGGAUUGUUGUGAAAGAUUGGUGCGAGAGAGAAGAGGUUGUUGUGGCGGCAGUGGUGGAGAUAGCGGUGAAACGAUUGAUGGGGUCAAACGAAGGAGAUGAGAUAAGGAAGAGAGCGGCGGCCAUCGGAUGCGGGUUAAGAAAGUCGGCUAGAGACGGUGGCGUUAGUCAAAUGGAACUUGAAUCGUUCACUGCUCACAUAAGUCGAUAGGUUUUGUUUCUGCGGACUUCAUUUUUUAUGAAUUCAUGAUGUGUUUUCAUUUUCUUUUGUUGUUGAAAUUGGGGUGAGGACAAAUUGUAUGUAGGAGGG